CACAGUACUCCGCUGUCGCUUUUAAGUGAACAAAAAUGAGUGGAGAGAGCACCAUCGUCGACCUUACUUAGAGCUUCUCUCAUAACCACUGCACAUCCAAAUUUUUGCUCAUCCUAGUACUCCCUCCUAUUUUCUUGCAUGGCCACACUCACUAUCGCCCGUGCCUAUCAGCAUGCAUACCACACUUACCCAAAUUACACUCUCGCUGUCACCGGCGGAACCUUGAAUGCUCUUGGCGACAUCGUUGCCCAGAUUUCGCAGAACAUUCUCGUUAAAGAUCACGAGCCCAAACCCGGUUGGGAUCCCGCACGUACACUGCGUUUCUUUUGUCUUGGAAGCGGCAUGAGCCCUCUACUCGGGAGGUGGAAUUUAUUCCUAGAGAGACGAUUUCCUCUCCGAGCAUGGAGAAUUCAGCCUAUCAGCUUUAGAGCUCUUUCGAAACGCGUGGCUGCCGACCAACUAAUAAUGGCACCGAUUGGGCUUGUGAUGUUUAUAGGCUCUAUGGGUGUAAUGGAAUGUCGAAGUCUCAGGCAAAUACAUGAAAAAUACACUGACAUGUUUGCUCCCGCUCUUCUAACCAACUGGAAGGUUUGGCCUAUAGCACAAAUGAUUAAUUUCCGAUACAUGCCACUGCCAUAUAGAAUACCUUUCCAGUCCACCUGUGGUGUCUUCUGGACGUUGUACUUGUCCAUGUUGAAUGCCAAGGAGGAUGAAAGGCAAGAUAGAGAGGCAGCACUGCAAGCAACAGUCCGCUAGACGACCGUUUUUUCUUCCUCCAAACUGGUUAUCGGUAGACCCCGGCUAAUAUCAUAUACACGUUGUAGCUCAUAGAUCUCAUUUGCCAUUUUUAUAUCUAACCCAAUGUUGUCUUUACUUGCUCCUUGUUACAUUCCAUUGAGACGCUUUUACAUGUAGUACCACACGUUCCA